AUGGCGGAUUUGUUUGAUGAAAUAUUGAAACAAGCAAGCGACAAUACCAGAAAUGCGUCUAAAGAACUCAGGAAAAUUGAUAAAACUGUUGAACAUCAGAGACGUCUGAAGGCGGAACGUGAAGCUGAAGAAAGGAGAUUAACGAAAGAGGCUAUAAAAAAGAAUGCUCCGCUUCCCUCUAAAUCCAAGUUCUGCAUACCCAAGUUAUCUGAUUCUAAAAAGACAGAAGCCAGUGUUGACAAAGCACAGAUCGCCGCGUUUUUGAAGAAGAAAGAAGAGGAAAAAAGGCGUGAAAUCCUAGAGAAAAAACAGGAAAAGGAAAGGUUAAUCAAACUGCGGUUACAGUCUUAUGGUGGGAAGGCUAACAAAAAAUUAGCAAAGCAGUUUGGAACUACUCCUAUCGAGCUACAGCAGAAGUAUGGAACGGACCGUGAACAUGAAGAAUAUUUAAAAAAGCUACAAAUUCGAGAAGAGGAGGAAGCAGAUCGGUUGAAUACUGAACUCAGAGGUAGCGUUAUGAAGGCGCUGGAAAGAAAGAAGGUGGCAGACAAGUUUGCUCCGUCCUUGGAAGAAAGAAAAGCAAGAGGGCCUUAUCGUGUUGCUUCUAACAAACAAAAUAGUUUACGCUAUUUCACGAAAGAAGAUUCGCCCGGUCCAUCAUCUUCUUUUUCCUCGAAGAAUAAAGCUGAAGAAAGAAGGGGUCGCACAACAACUGUUGCUAAGAAGACGGUGACAUCUAGGCCUGAAAAAAAGAAGCCUGCUCCAACGUUUGACUUUGUGGAUCUUAUGAAAAAGGCUGAAGCUAUCCAGAAGGGCGAACCUGUUAGCCUAAGUCCACCGCCUCAGUCAGCAAGUCAAAAGGGUUCUGGAGAAAAACCUGUUGAGAAAACAGUACGUAGAAACGUUGACGAAAGUUCUUGCAGGAAAUCGUUCAACCGGCAAACUAACAGUAUUAGUGGUGACCACUACCAGGCAGAGCGAAAUGAUAAGAAAAACGCUUCCUUGCCGACAAGCAAAUAUGGAAUUGGGACUGUAAAAAAGGCUUUUGAGUCUCCUUCGCCAUCAAGUGCAUCUAUUGGCAAAGGACGGAAUGAGAAAUCUUCUACGAUAUCUACAAGAGAUUCCUUUCGAAAACCCCUGCCAUUUACUUCAAAACGUGAUGGAAGGCAACCAUCUUCCUCCAGAUCUGUUAGUAACACUUCACAGUCAAAUUUGUCAGCUUCACCGAGACGCUUCCUUCCUGGGGAUUUACGAUACAAAAGUGGAAUGGAUCAGCGUUGUGGGCCACUUGGCAGCAGGAUUGGAAAUCCAUCUCUGUCAUCAAUUCGGGACCGAACUGUAGCAAAACCUGAUUCUAGGCCGCCUGUAAAAACGCCAAAUGACAGGAAACGGCAGGACGAGUUGCGAAAAGGUUACGACCCACCCUUACAAAAAAAGAGUCGAGUGGAUGAAGACGCUGAUCGAGCCCGAUUCAGAGACUAUAUGAGGUUCAAACAGAUGCAGCAGGAAGAAAUGCGACGACACCGCGAAGAGGAGGAAGUGGAAGAUGAGGAAUAUGAUAGUGAUAUGGAUUCUUUUAUUGACGAUUCUGAACUAGAUGAACUUUCCAGGAAAGAUUUUGAAGAAACUUUGAGGAUGGUAAAUCCUCGUUAUAAUAAGAAAAAGUGGGCUUUGAAUGAAAGAAUGAUUGACGAUAGAUAUAUGGAAGCUAAGUAUCGUGACGUUGCUAGAGAAGAAAUGCGAAGUGCGAAAAUUGGUUUGCUAGAAGACCUUCGAGAGGCGCAACGUGGGGCCAGCAUUGCCUUAUAA